AUGGGAAAACCUCCUUCCUUUGCUUUCUUGAUCUUCUCAUUCCAUUGUUUCAUAUCCUCCUUAGCUUUGAUUGAUACAAACGUCACUGCUGAUAAAUCUGCACUUCUUGGCUUUAAAUAUUUUAUCACUUCAGAUCCACAUGAUUCCUUAUCUACUUGGUUUCCCUCUUCUUCUCCAUGCAGUUGGGUUGGUGUCACUUGCAAUACUCACCAUGGAAGGGUCCGUUCCUUGAAUCUUGAUGGCAUGAAUCUUGAAGGCACCAUAUCUCCACAACUGGGAAAUCUCUCAUUUCUUGUUGAACUUGAUCUUAGUAGCAAUAAUUUUCAUGAUCAAAUACCAACAGAGUUUGUUCGAUUUCGUAGAUUGAAACUAUUGAACUUAAGUUACAAUGACUUUCAUGGACAAGUUCCAGCAUGGAUAGGAGAUAUAUCUACACUGGAGCACUUAAAUCUUCAAUAUAAUAAUUUUAAUGGAUUAAUUCCACUAUCUCUGUUCAAUCUAUCAAGGUUAGAGACAUUAGAUUGGAAUUUUAAUUUAAUUGAAGGAACCAUUUCUGUUGAGGUGGGAAGACUUGAGCAUUUGAAGAUUUUACAACUAGCGGAUAACAAGCUUUCAGGAACCAUUCCCCAAACGAUUUCUAACUUAUCAUCACUUGAAUUACUGAGUUUUUCUUUUAACACUUUGUCAGGAGGCAUUCCAAAUGAGAUUGGUGAUCUUACACAGCUACAGAUGAUAUAUCUUGGAGAUAAUCAACUUGUUGGUUCUUUACCAAUCUCAUUAUUUAACAUAUCAUUGCCACAACAAGUUGAUCUUGCAAUAAAUAAUUUAUCUGGGAGUCUCCCAACAAAUGUGUGCUUUGGACUUCCAAAACUUGAAAUAUUCUAUGUUGAUGGAAAUAAUUUGUCUGAAAAAAUGCCUUCCGUUUGGCAUCAAUGCAAGGAAUUGGUAGAGUUACAAUUAGGUGAUAACAUGUUCAAACAAGGAAUCAUUCCAAGCGAUAUUGGAAAUUUGACAAACCUCCAAUUCUUGUGUCUUGACAAUAGCAAUUUACAAGGUUUUAUACCUAAAGAAAUAGGAAAUCUCGCUAAACUUGAAAUCUUAGAUUUGGGAUCAAAUCACUUGAGUGGAUCCAUUCCUUUCAAUGGAACAUUGUGGUAG